UCAAAACUCAAAUCAUUUUUUUUUUAAAAUGCUCUCUUAUGUUUGCCUCAAGUUAACAGCUGUGAUAAUAGUUGACUGGGGACCUCCUACGCAAGAAGCCAAAUAUUCAAAGCAUAGUGCAUCUAAUCAUAAUCAGCAUUGUCAGCCUAAAGAAAAAAAAAAUUAAGUAAAAUUCUUUCAAGGAUUCAGUGAAUUAGCAUCGAAUGCAGAGAAUUAAGAUUCAAUGGCAAGAAACAAAUCAAUGCAAGAUUUGAAAGGAUGAAAUUAGAGCAAUAAAUUUCAACAAAAAGAUCAUUAGUUUUGAAUGAUAUAAUAAAUCAUUAGUUAACAAAAAGGUAAGAACUCACUAAACGCCAAGCACAUUGAAAUUGGCCCGUGUCUUGCUCUCUGUCUCUGCAAGUCUCCCAUGCAGUCUGCCUUCCACACGUGAACCUCUCACCUUUUUGGAUAGGUAUUCGUCCCAUUUGCCCAACUUGCAGCCACAAACAUACCCCACAAAUUGGGGAAAUUAUUCUGUGCGAAGUCCGAACGUAGAGGAUCUUCCGGAUUAUUAGACGUACUACGUACGCUCUGCUUACACUACUUACACUUUGCGUAUUUUUAGAUACAUAACAAAUAAGCAGCAAAUCCUCAUAAUCUACAAAUACGCAAUAUAUACACAAUAAAUAAGCAGAGAGCACGCAGAGCUUAUGCAUAGGAUACACAGUAAUCCGAAAGAUCCUCUACGUUCGGACUCCGAACAGAAUAAUUUCUCGACAAAUUGACUACAAACACAUUGAGAAGACAUUUAAGACUAUUUUUUCUUUCUCCUGUUUGGAUUACUCUCCACAAGUAUAAUCUCCACCAUUCGAGCAUCAAAAUCUUCUGGGGCAGGGCACUAUUUUCCUAACCUGUUACAAUGCAGGUCAAAUCCCCUCUCAGUUUUGCCAAGCUCAUAAUUCUCAUAGCUUCUCUUCUUACAUACCUUAGUGUUCAAUCUGAGACUGCUCUUCUCAAUACAAGUGGCGGCCAGUCCAAAGCCAGCAGCUCGAGCUGCGACUUCUUCCAUGGAAGCUGGGUUUAUGAUGACUCCUAUCCUCUCCAUGACUCGGCAAACUGCCCUUUCAUUGACCCAGAGUUCGACUGCCAGAAGUAUGGCCGACCUGAUAAGCUCUAUCUCAAGUACAGGUGGAGGCCAACUACUUGUGAGCUUCCCAGGUUUGAUGGGAAGGAUUUCUUGACAAGGUGGAGAGGGAAGAAGAUAAUGUUUGUGGGAGAUUCAAUAAGUUCUAACCAGUGGCAGUCAUUGCUUUGCUUGCUUCAUGCUGCUGUGCCUGGCUCCAAGAUUUCCACUAACAAGAGGGAUCCCCUCUCUACUGUCACGUUUGAGGAGUACACUGUGUCAGUGAUGUAUUACCGAAAACCCUAUCUAGUUGACGUCGUCACAGAAUCUAUUGGCCACAUCCUCAAGCUCGACUCAGUAUCAAGUGGCAGCAUAUGGCUCAGUGCAGACCUGCUCAUCUUCAAUACAUGGCACUGGUGGAUCCAUAAUGGAGCAGCUAGCCAAGGUUGGGACUACAUCCAGGAUGGGGACAAGAUUUUGAGGGACAUGAACAGACUUGAAGCGUUCUACAAAGGGCUAACUACAUGGGCAAAGUGGGUGGAUUCCAGCGUUGAUGUCAAUACUAAAAGGGUCUUUUUCCAGGGGAUCUCUCCAACACAUUACCAAGGCUUGGAUUGGGGAGAACCAGGAGUUAAAGAUUGUGGAAGGCAAACACAACCAGUAAUCGGAUCAACAUACCUUGGGAGUUCGUUACCUGAGCAAGGAGUGGUGAAGAAUGUGCUGAACACCAUAGGCAAGCAAGUCUAUCUGCUUGAUAUCACUUUGCUAUCACAGCUGAGGAAAGAUGCUCACCCAUCUGCAUACAGUGGAGGCCACCCGGGAAUGGACUGCAGCCACUGGUGCAUUGCAGGGCUUCCAGAUACAUGGAACACGAUCCUGUAUGCAGCUCUAAUUUCGUGAUCUAAUAUGAGAAUGAUAAAGUAUUAAAAGAUGGCCGGAAAAAAAAAUCCAUGGGAACAUUUCAGAACCAUAGCCAUUGUUCUUGCUCUUAUUGCUUAUUUGCUUGAUAUUGUAAAUCAUGUAUUUUUUCUUUAGUGGUCAGAAUUUCUGUCCUAGAAGAUUCCUGGGAUUGAGAAAUCCAUGACUUCUAUUGCCAUUGUAUUCAGAAUAAUGAUGUCAAAAGCAGGUUGAGCAAAUUGUGUAUUUAUUCAAGAAAGUCUCAAAUAUAAACUUUGUUAUUUAAAAA